CCUCUAUCUUCUCGUCCACGGCCAAAUAUCUUUGGAGAAAAUGAAGUCCGCCGUGCACAACGCUGAAGGAAUCCUGAAAAUUUUGGGGCUGACACUCCUAGUCGUGGGCUGGGCGCACACCCAUCCUGCCACCUAUGAUAAGUAUCUUGGCCUGGAAAAUGACGCGUUGUAUGACGCGCCGUUAGUCGAAUCUCUUCGACGGGAGGUGCGCCAACCAGCAUCUUUGGACUACCCUGGUGAAGUCAGGGACCUUCUUGGCACUGGAAACGACGUCGAGAGACUGGGAAAAAAGAAAUUGAUCAAAAAUGAGUCCGGAAAAUCGGACGAAGGUGGUUUUUUUAAGACAUACGGUAGCGAUGCUGAUGGAAUGAAAGGCUACGUAAAAGAAACAUUUGGCAAGGGAGACCAUGGAUACAAGAAUCUUGACACGUUCCACAAACAAGACGGAGACAAUUAUGGCUUUGAAAAGCACACCUCGUUUGGCGAUGGCAAAGCAGGAGAAAAAGGACGCCACGAAAAGAGGGGCGCUUAUUCUAAAAAAGAAGGCGAUCAUGAAGGGUCAGGUACCAUUGUUGAAAGUCACUACGCGGAUGACGGUGAUUAUGGAUAUUCUGAGGGAGGAGAUGGUGAUCAUGAUUCCGAAGGCGAUAGUGGAUCUUAUGAAGGUGGAAGUGGUGAAGCCGAGGCUGGAAGCUACGGAAGUUCAGAGGGAUACUCUGAAAGCUCUUCCGCAGGAGAAGGUCAGCGUGAAUCAGAGGGCGGUUACUCAGAAGGUGAAGAUGAUGGUGGAUAUUACGAGGGAGAUUACUGACAUGUCCUAGGUUGACGCGUUCGCUCUUGAGUUGUAGAUGGGCGAGCUAGGCUAACAGUAUCGUGUACAUACAGUUUACAGGUUGUGUUUCUGUUUUUAGUGAUAAUAAAGUUCAUGUUUUUGUUAAAAGUU